AAGAGCCUGGAUCCAUGCCUUUGGCAGCUGUGCUCAGCUGAGCCACCAGCAUGGCUGGCAGCCUGAGGCUCCAUGCGGUGCUCCAUGAGCUCUGUGUGCCCUAGCUACCUACCAGUGCCACCACUCCCAGGGGCUGUGCCCAAGAGAUUCCAAAUCCACUGGGUAGUGUCUGCUUGCUACCCACAUUGUGGUGUCUGAGUUGUCACCACUAGGUCCCGGACUGCUGACCCCAGAUUACCGUCAGUCUGCUCAGAUCUGGCAGCUGAAGGAUAGCAGGAGUGCUUUCAUGUACUAGGACAUGGGAUGGCCAUACAUGGGAUUGGAGGGAAAGAUGAUCCAGUACUGGAAACCAGAGUCUGCAGGAGACCAAACGUCUCACGUGAUGGUGAUAAUGCAUACGUACUGCUGGCUGCUGUUAAGAAGUCCAGUGCUCUGCUCUCUACACUGCAGAAACCCCACGGUCCUGGGGGGCAGGGGGACGACACCCCUCUGCUCUCCCGAAUGCAGCAUCCGCCUGGAGCUAGCUCCCGACCCCGCAGCUGCCCGCAGGAGACCGUGGAGCGCCCUCCUCUUCCAGGAGCUACUCCUUUGGUGUGGGUGUUGUGCCCAUGGUCCUUUCCAGUCGCUCAAGGCCCCCGCUGCCCCGCGCUCAGCGCUCUGCCCGCGCUCCCUGCGCUGCUGCGGCUCAGGGCAGCCUGGGCCGGGCUGGGCUGGCUGCUCCCCGCGGAGGGCGCGGGGAAAUGCAGCCUGGGCAAGGCGGUGGCGAGCCAGGUCCUGGUGAGCGCUGUCAGCUGGCCCAGAGUGUCGUGGAGACGGGGAGAUGGUCUUUCAGGGCAGCAGUCGGCUCUGAAAGCACCGUGUGUCCUCCACGGGACAGCCCCAAGCUGCUUGCUGGUGUCUUUGAUCCUGUCCUUUGAGUAGAGUGUAAUGUAUGUGUUUACAUGUUCCCUCUAACUCAGUUCCAUUAACUCUCAUGGGAAAACCUUCAUUACCAGUGUUUAGGAAUAUGUCUUUGGGAAAUGGCUGGGCUUUGGCUGAAUCUUCCUAUCAUCUUGCCAUUGAACAAACUGUCCCUGGAGCGUACUUUUUUCAGGAAGGAAGAAAAACUUCAGUUACUUCCUUUCUUUUCCAUCUGAGACACCUUUUUGUUUAUUGUAUAAACUUACAUAAGCUCAUUUAAUUGGAAACAUUGCUACCAAUUUAAGAGGCAUUACACCAGGCACAGUGAAUGUAUGGUACAGGCUUCCAGGUAUUUUGGAGAUAGGGGAAGUCUAUUCAAUUCCACUAGCACUUCUAGAGCCACUCCAGGGGUACUACAUGUGCUUUUAGUGGCUCACAUUAGCCCCUCUAUGAUGAUUGUGGCAGAGAUCAUUUAGAUGCAGGAAAUUGUGAUAUCAAGUGCCUGGCACAAUGCUUGUUUGUUCAGGAUCAGGACUUUGAACUGAAUUAUAGAAGAUUGAAGAAGAUAGAGCUGGAGUUUGCAAAUGGCCAUACAUUUCUUCUACCAGUGUUUUAAACAGCCAAGCAUCUACCGUAAAAGCAUCUUCUGGGGAACAGCUAUUUCUACAGACAGCAUUAUUUGCUACCACUCCCUCACAAACCAUCUGUUUAACACAGCAACAUAACAUUUUCAGCUCACAAAGAUGAAAAUAUUAGUGACUCUCACUGCAUAUAGUCAAGUUUUAUAUCUGUUACCAAAAUGGGAAAAACAAGGCAGUUUCAUGAAUAAGUCACAGUAACUUACCUACUAGCACAUUUAACUUACCAGGAUUCAUAGUACUGUUUCUUUUUAGGGUUUCUUUUUAGCAGUGAUAUAGGCGCAGGCAGGAGACUAGUUAUCCUAUCAAGCAUUUGCAUCUGUUCCAACUUAGAGAAACACCCAAAACUACGGUCCUAUUUAGUCAGAAUUCCAUUUAUUUAAUAAAAAGAAUGUUUGAAACCUAGCUUUACUCAUUACUCAAAUAACUCAUCUCUAUUCCCUUGCUUGUGGCCGUGUAUUGGUUUCACAUUUUGCCCCAGCAUUAGCACUGCAUGUGCUCUAAGAUUGUCUUUUUUCCCCCUUCUGCCUGUACACCAUACUCCAAACUUUACUGGAACAGUCCAGGGUAUUUGAUUAUCCUUAUGUCAGUGUUCAGAACAGAGAAAGAAGCAAAAAUCUGCCAGCUCAAGUCUUUUUCAAGUUAUCUGUAAGGAGAUUAACUUUGAUCUGGUUAUGCAUGAUCUGGUUAAUCAUAUCAUAGUCUAGCCAAAUUAGUCCAGGUUUGUGUUGUUACCAGCUACUUCUUACUGUGACCACCAGUGCUCUGCAUGUGCAUCCACAACAUGGCUCUCACAAAGGGAGGUAACCUACUCACACAGGCAAAUGCAUACUUUGCAGCCCUGAGUGGCACAUCACAUUGGGCAGAGGCAGAAAUAUGAGGAGGCUUAGAGAAGGCAGCACAAAGCACCACUAUCAGGUGCCCCUGCAGUGUUGCUCAGGGCGUUAUGGGGACCUUUCCAUGAUGGAAAGUGUAUUUGUGGGCUUGGAGAAAGUCACCUGUGUAGCUGAGAAGAUUGUUCAGGAGAUCGUGAUCUGUGAUCUGAUCUAUAGAGAGCAAAUGAAACAAAAGACUGGCUCUUAGGAUUGAUAUUCUCAUGUGCCAGGUCUGCCCUCCGUGAUUUUUCUAUUUAAGAUCCCUACUCCUCCAUGUUUAAGGUGACAGGCAAACUAGAAAUAGAAAAAAAAAAAAUCCCCUCUUUUAGCAGAUGAAGUAUUCCUAGUCUCUUCCUGUGUUUUCCAACCAGGGUACCUUAGCUCAGCUGUGCUGGUACAAGAUUGUGGUCCUGCUAUGAACCAGAAUGGGAAAUGCAACCCAGGGAAAUGAUGUCUUUUUUCUUCAAGUUAACCCAUAUGAAUUCUGCAACUUUGUUAAAAUUUAAAAAAACCAAGCAAACAAUGAAAACCAAGAACAAAACCAAACUCAACCAAAGCAACUAAAUCUCAAGCCACAAGCAAAAAAACCAACCAAAACCACAAACCCACAAAACACAGCAAAAUCUAAACAAAAUAGCAGAACCAAAACAAUAGAGAAAGUUAUAUUUUGUUCCAUAGUAGUAGGAAAUAAAUAAUGGGAAUUGGAUACGUAAAGCUGGGCAAGCAUGGAUCUUUGUGCAGAACAAAAAGUAUAUGAUGAAUGUAUAUGCUUUCAGCACCAACACUGCUAUGUUAUUUUAAGUUUCUUCUUCAGUUUGUGGUUCUGAUUUAUCUGAAGCUG